CCUCCGAGGCUUUAUAGGCUGCAGUAAACGCUGUCAAGUCAGAUAUCUGCUCACUCUUCUGGACAAUCUUUGCUCAGCUACACGUAAUUUAGUGAACCUUACAACAGGACUUGGAGAAAAAAAACACCUUGAACACAGUGGACAUAAUGGAAACAAUGGGUUAUCCAAUGGGUAUAGGGCCCACCAGGCUGUACAGCACGUUGGCUCACACUCUCAGCAGUAGCCAUCGAGCCCCCCUCCCUCUGACCCACCUGGACCCUCACCUGCCUGCGGACACAACGCUCGAUUCAGAUUUCUUCCAGGAGCAGAAAGGUUCCCCAGUUAGGCCCCUGGAUCUCGUGGAGGUGCUGCAACAGUGCGAAGAGGCCCUCAGAGACGGACCAUCGCGCUACCACAGAACUUUCAUAUCGCAAAGCGAUGGCGACAGCAGCAGUAUUCGAGUCAUGCAGUGGAACAUUCUGGCACAAGCUCUCGGUGAAGGACUUGACAGUUUUGUGCAGUGUCCCCUGGAGGCCCUCAGCUGGUCCCGAAGGAAGUAUCUUAUCUUGGAGGAGAUCCUCACCUACCGACCACACAUCCUGUGUCUGCAGGAAGUGGACCACUACUUUGACACCUUUCAGCCCAUUCUGGCCCGCCUGGGUUACAGAAGCAUGUUCUGUCCUAAGCCUUGGUCGCCGUGUUUAAAUGUGGAGGGCAACAACGGCCCCGACGGAUGUGCGCUCUUUUUUGACGAGUCCCGAUUUGAGUUUUCAGACUGUGUGAGCCUUCAACUGUCCGCUAUGAGGAUUCCGACCAAUCAGGUUGCUUUGGUGGUGAUGCUGCGGUGUCGAAGCACAAGGAGGCGCGUGUGUGUGGCCGUGACUCACUUGAAAGCACGUGCCGGAUGGGAGUGGCUGCGCAGCGCCCAGGGCUCAGACCUCUUGCGUCAAGUCCAAGAUGUGGUCCAGAAACACGCGGUCAGAACAUCGGAUGGUCCCAACUCCCAAGUCCCUCUCAUCAUUUGUGGGGAUUUUAAUGCCGUCCCAACUGAGGACGUGUACCGCCAUUUUCUCGCCUCUCCUCUUGGUUUAGACUCCGCCUACAAGAAACUCAGCCAAAACAGUUUGACAGAACCACGGUACACGACAUGGAAGAUUCGCCCCACAGGGGAGUGCUGCGCGACACUGGACUAUAUUUGGUACACUCAGGACUUGCUUACCGUGGAUGCGGUCUUGGACUUCCCCUCGGAGGAAGAUAUUGGUCCAAACAGGCUCCCUUCCUUCAGGUACCCUUCAGACCAUCUCUCACUGGUUUGUGAUUUCAGCUUUAAGGAGAAUCAAUGAAAAAUGAAUAGAUCAGUUAGAUGUGCGUGUUAAUAAAUAAUUAAUACGCACAUAACAAUUUAACUCACAAAUAAUAAUUUCAAGUAUAUUGUAAGGAUGAACAAAACAAAUAUGUUGUAUAUACCGAUAAACAAUUUGUUAAAAAAAAACAUUACAGUAUUUUUAUGUUAUAUAUUUAAUUUUAAAAAGUGUAACAAUUAUAUUUUUAUAAUUGUAUAUUAUAUGUAUUUCUGCCUGUGCCUCAAUUUUUUGGUAGAAAUGGACUAAAGUACAAACUAGCGUUGCCAGAUGUAUAGUUAUUGUACCAGUCGCUUCAAAUGGUUGUACGUACAGUAAUCUGCCUGAUUUGACUUAUUCAGGACCAACGUCACCUCACGCUGUUACAGUGUAGCUGGUAACUCUUAGAAAAACUGCCGUAUUUUCAAGACUAUGACUACUUUUUUCCAAUACUUUGGACCCUGCGGCUGAGCAAACAGUGUAGGUAAUUUAAGGAUUUUUCUGUAAUGCCUCGGGAUCCCCCGGGAAGAGCUAGACGAAGUGGCUGGAGAUAGGGAAGUCUGGGCUUCCCUGCUUAGGCUGCUGCCCCCGCGACCCGACCUCGGAUAAGCGGAAGAUGAUGGAUGGAUGGAUGGAACGGCAAUAAUUCAACAAAUCGUUUUUGAAUUCCGCCAACAGAGACACUGAAAAGGUGUGUUAUCGAUUGUGCUAUGGUGCCAGUUUGCUCACUGCCGAUUCUGCGAGUUUAAAAUGUACAUGCCAAAAGGUCCAUAGCAUUUCUGUUGAAUGGAUUCUUCAUUCAUCACUCCAAGCAACAUUUGUAAGUUUGCAAUAUAAGUAAAACAAUUCAUGCUGACUAGACCGUCCCUUGUGUCAUGUCUGUAGAUGGGUUUUCAUGCAAAUUAGUACAUGCUAUCGCCAUGUAUUUAAGCUAGCGCCCAUAGCAUCAGCGAAUAUGCUAACCUGUUUUACAAGUAUUAUUAUUAACUAACAAUUGCAUUCUUUUUGUAUUUAUUCAGUUUCAUAAAUUCACCACACGUCACCAUGGAGUUAUUGAGUCUGUUUAGCUGUUUGAAGAGCCAUUUUUCCGCAGCUAGUGGGUCCAUGACGAUGACUUCUGUUUUGUUUGGUCAUCCGUUUUACUGUAGUGUUACAGGCACCAUUUACAAAACAAAAUAUAUAAAUAAAUAUUUAUAAAAUCUUUCAUACCGUUACAUAUCUGCGGUUUGAUGCCGCUAAAAUGCUUCUAAAAUUUGGUGGGUGCAGCUUAACUACCGGUGCACUUUUACAGUACUUUUGACAUGAAUACUCAUUAGUAUGUUGUUUAUUAAUAUAACCACUAGUACAUAUCUGAAUACUGUAACUGCAUGUAUAAAUGUCAAGAGUGAAUAUUAAAAGUCCUUUUUACAUACGUUCUGAAUCACAGGUGUCAGACUCAAGGCUUGGAUGAUAGAUCUGGCCAGCCAAAAAUAUUUACUGUGGCCCUGCACAACAUUUAUGUGGCCUCCAAAAGGCUGCCGGGUGACAUUUUCUGGCUAAAUGUAUUAACUCCUUUAAUUUUGACAUACAAAUGUACUGUAUAUGUUUUACACUUUAAUAAUAUCUGACCAUGCAUGCAACAAGAUGUUCCAGGCAUUGUUUUUGGUUCUCAAAUAUGAAAAUUUAAAUGUCUGCUUGUCAACUUGACUUGUGAUUUUAAAGCGAGAUAUUCACCAAUCUGUGAAUACACGAUAUAAUAACCAAAAAAUUUCCUAUGCAGAUUCUGUAACGAUUCAUAAACAUUCACUGUUUCAAACGGCCCAGAGAGGGCAGCCAUAAUUGCAAUGUGGCCUUGAGUAAAAAGGAUGAUUGAUUGAAACUUUUAUUAGUAGAUUGCACAGUACAGUACAUAUUCUAUACAAUUGACCACUAAAUGGUAACACCCCAAUAAGUUUUUCAACUUGUUUAAGUAGGGGUCCAGGUUAAUCAAUUCAAGGAGUGUGACACCACUGUUCCACAUGGUCUAACAAACCAUUGACAAUACUUAAACAUAAUGUAGAAAAGCUAAAUUAAAAAGUUUAAAAAUGCCACCAUUUAGAAAUGAGCUUAUUAAUAUAUAUAAAACAUUUAUAAAUGUUUAUAUAAACUAUAUACUGAGUAGUAAUGUCAAAAUAUGCUUUAUAAAUGAUAAACUCAGUAUUUACUAAUGCUUAGAAGUGUGUGCUGACUAUAUAGUGCCACCAUGUAUCUUAAUAAUGCAGUUUUACCUUUAAAUACACAGCUCCCCCACCUAGUUCUAAAUAGGAAGGUGAGUGAAAGCACACCUUUAGUUGCAGUGUGUGUGUGUUUGUUACUAUCCAGGGUCAAUGUAUCAUACAUUCUAGGAUAUUGCGAACUAUUGAUCAUACGGAGGGUGAAAUGAUCGUCCAAAUACUAUAAUUAUAGUACAUCUGGCAGCGCUAGCACUACCUUAUCUUUUAACAAUGCUUGUGUUUUUUCAUUGUCACUCUGCCAUUCUUACACUUUGAAGUGCAGUCACAGUGAGAGUUUCCAGUAAGUGCAGUAAUGGAUUCAUGACAGCGCUAGACACUAGUUGAACACAAUAUACUUGUACUGACUGAAGUGGUCCUUUUGAGACGCGACGACAGACUUAUGUAUUUGGUAUUGUAUGCCAGGAUGCAUCAAUUAAAAAAAACACGGAGAUUUAUAUUCUGAUAUUUCAAUGAGUGUAACUAUUACAACAAACCAAGACAGCAUGGAGUGCACGGAACUUUAAAUACGCAGACAUGGUUUCUGCAUGGUCGCUACAAUAAAGUGCACGUGAGAGUGAUGGUGUGGGCACGUUUUUGUUUGAUUCCUGUUAUAAGAGCUAUUUAAAUGUUGAUGUGCAUGUAUUCAGGGGAAAAAAAAAUAACAUGAUGGUAAGCAGAACAUUUUUUUCCCCUAAAAUACCCAAUGGUGUGUUUUACCGAUGACAAAUGUAUAUGUGUAUAUAUGUGUGUGUGUGUGUGUGUGUGUGUGUGUGUGUGUGUGUGUGUGUGUGUGUGUGUGUGUGUGUGUGUGUGUGUGUGUGUGUGUGUGUGUGUGUGCGUGUAUGUAUGUAUGUUUGAGCAAUACCAAAUCCACCAUGCUGCUUGCUGACUAAUAAACAUUUUGAAUAUAUUAUUUGUAUUUAAUUGUCAGGUCAACUGGAUGGACAGUGUGUUAUUGUGGAGCAAAUAUUAAACAGAUGUUACUUAA